AUGCUGCGACUGCUUUCCGGAAGGCAGACGUCUAAGGCCCGUGAGUUGAUUGUAAUGGCAGGUGAAGGAAUUAAUGAAGACUAUCCAGUAGAAAUUCAUGCAUAUUUAUCAGCAUUUGAGAAUUCCAUUGGUGCUGUGGAUGAAAUGCUGAAGACCAUGAUGUCUGUUUCUAGAAAUGAGUUGUUGCAGAAGUUGGACCCACUUGAACAGGCAAAAGUGGAUUUAGUUUCUGCUUACACAUUAAAUUCAAUGUUUUGGGUUUAUUUGGCAACUCAGGGAGUCAAUCCCAAGGAACAUCCAGUAAAGCAGGAAUUGGAGAGAAUCAGAGUGUACAUGAACAGAGUCAAGGAAAUAACAGACAAGAAAAACGCUGGCAAGCUGGACAGGGGUGCGGCUUCAAGAUUUGUAAAAAAUGCCCUCUGGGAACCAAAACCUAAAAAUGCAUCCAAAGUUGCCAAUAAAGGAAAAAGUAAAAAUAAACCUUUCAGUUUUGAUGUACACAUAUUUUAA